AUGGCAUCAGACAAGAAGCAGGUUGACCCAUUCAAGUCUUUCAUAGCUGGCGGCACCGCCGGUGCUGUUGAAGGUGUGAUCACUUAUCCUUUUGAAUUCGCCAAAACAAGACUACAACUUGUAAGCAAGUCUUCCACGGCGUCCAGAAACCCAUUGGUUUUGAUUGCAAAUGUCGCUAAAACCCAGGGAGUAGGAGCCUUGUACAUUGGGUGUCCAGCUUUCAUUGUGGGUAACACAGCUAAAGCCUCCGUUCGUUUCCUUGGUUUCGAUUCCAUCAAGGCGCUCUUGGCUGACAAAAAUGGUAAGCUUUCGGGCCCUCGUGGUGUUCUUGCAGGUUUGGGUGCUGGAUUGUUAGAGUCUGUUGUAGCGGUGACGCCGUUUGAGGCGAUUAAAACCGCCUUGAUUGACGAUAAGCAAACUGCCAAGCCCAAAUACCAGAAUGGAUUGCUUUCUGGAACUGUCAAGUUGGUCAGAGACUUGGGCUUCAAGGGUAUGUACGCCGGUGUCGUUCCUGUUUCCUUAAGACAAGGUGCCAACUCUGCCGUUCGUUUAGGCUCGUACAAUGCCAUCAAAACCAUGGUUCAGCAAGCAACAAACACCAAAGCCAAUGAACCCUUAUCAUCGGCGGCUACUUUUGCUGUGGGUGCCAUUGCUGGAACAGUCACAGUUUACACCACUAUGCCUAUUGACACAGUCAAGACAAGAAUGCAGUCUUUGGAUGCUCAAAAGCUCUACACGUCCACGUUGAACUGCUUCGUAAAAAUCUUCAAAGACGAAGGGUUGCUUACUUUCUGGAAAGGAGCCACGCCGAGAUUGGGACGCUUGAUGUUGAGUGGAGGCAUUGUUUUCACUAUCUACGAGAAGAUGUUGGUUCUUUUGAACUAG